AUGGCUUCUUACUUGGUCACCGGGGCAUCCCGUGGUCUUGGCUUCGAAUUCAUCAGCCAGCUCUCCAGCGACCCUAACAACACAGUCAUUGGUCUUGUUCGCAACAAGCCCGCCACGCUUGAAAAGGUUGAUCGAGAAUUGAAGCAGCGGGCCAAUCUCCAUAUCCUUCAGGCAGACAUAACUGAUUACGAGGCACUGAAGGCUUCCGUGGACGAAGUAUCCAAGAUCACUGGUGGCAGCCUUGACUAUAUCAUCGCCAAUGCCGCCUUCGUCUCCACCUAUUCUGCUUGGGACACCCUUGGCUCCUUAGGCAAAGAUCACAAGAGACUCGGUGAGGACUUGCUGGAGUCUUUCAAUAUCAACGUCGUCGGCAACAUUCACCUUUUCAACUUGUACAUGCCCCUCAUUCUGAAGGGCAAAGUCAAAAAGGUCGCCACGAUCUCGUCGGGAAUGGCCGAUAUCGAACUUAUUGCGCGGUUCAGCAUCGCCUCUUCAGCGCCGUACUCGAUCAGCAAAGCCGGCAUGAACGUCGCCGUCGCCAAGUUCAGUGCCGAGUACAGCAAGGACGGAGUACUGUUUUUGAGCAUUUCGCCAGGGCUGGUAGAUACAAGCGAAACUGCGCCAACCGAGGACCGGAUCAAGGGUGGACAGCAAAUGAUGGCGCAGUUUGCCGAGUACGCGCCUCACUUCAAGGGACCUACCACCGCAGAGUCAUCCGUAAAGAAUGUGCUCUCCGUCAUCAAUCAGAAGAGCGUUGAAGCAGGAGACGGUGGCUCCUUUGUCUCUCACUUCGGAAACAAGCAAUGGCUUUGA